AUGGGAAAUUUGAGUCAAACUAGUGCAAUUAUGUCAUUAAUCACAUUUUUGCAAAACAUUGGCUCAGCAAUUGAUUUCGAUAAGUUUCCAGUCACAGCCAAAAUCAAGAAAUGGGCCGGUGCACUGAAAAAUCUAAUCACAUUAAUUGCCACAGCUGUUUUAUCGUUUUUUGCAGUCGUAUUUUUGAUACCUGGAUUAUUGGGUCUUUGCGAAUGGUCACGAAGAUUGAGACUCAAACUAAAAUCCAUAUUGAAAAAGUUGACAUUUACAGUAUUCGCAUUGUUCUUGGAUAUUUUCUACGUUCCAAUUUUGACAUAUUUCUUACAAAUAAUUUACAGUACAUCUGUUCAAUGUCCAGAAGGAUAUUACUGGGGAGCAUAUAGAGGCGAAGAUGCAUUACUUAAGACAAAAGGUCAUUGCAUUCCAUGCGGGCCAAUAUUGAAGUAUAAAUACCCUGGAAUUCAAAACUUCAUUAAUGACCAAGUAAGUCCUAACACAUCUGCUUCUGUGUUCAGAAAAUUUACAAAAUUCAUGUCAAACAAUCCAGGAAUUUUAGAAGAAACAUUUAAUGCAUUAAAUGCCUCGCUUGAUCCUUAUUCAGAAAUCACUAAAACGUGUCCUUAUUUAUGUUCUGGUAAUCCAGUUCGUGUUGUUAAAUCAGAGCCAUCAAUUUACUUUGAUUAUCAAAUAUUGCCCACUUAUACAUUGUUCUUGUAUUGGGCCAUUGCAUUUGUUAUGAUUGGAUGUCCUGUUUUAUAUUUCUUUUUAAUCAACAGAGCGAGAAAACAAUUCAAAACAAUGGCUGCAUAUGGAGAUUCUAAAGAAUACAGAUGGCAUUGUUUGAUGAUCAGAGUUGAAACAGUUGGAGCUAAGUUCUGCAAAGAUUUGACAUAUUUCAAUCCAUACUGGGCAAUUGUUAAGAUUCUUUGUUUUACUUGUUACUACAUUGGCAAACUUUGCACACAAAAACAUCAUUGGCUGUCUUCCAGUUUUACACAUUCUGAUGUUUAUAUUGACAUUAGUUCGCCGACCAUAUUUUGCAUUUCUCAACAACAUUAUUGA